ACUAUUUGCAAAAAUAAAUAGAGAGGAUAUUAUACUCGUAAUACACUUUUAUGGAAUCUUAUUUGAUUCGUCUCGAUAUAUGGAGUAAUCCGAUAAUCCGUAUCAUAUUACAGCAUAUACAUACUUACAAGAAAGAAAUAAAAAAAUGUCUGCAACACAGCGGUAGAAGCGGGGGAAGAAAGGAGGUCGUGAAGAGCACAAAAUGCAAGAAGAUUGAAAUGUUCAUUACCUUCCCUCCCAUUCCCAACGAUACGUCAACUGUCAACUGCCACCUUCCUAACACCUCUCCCUUCCAUUUUUCUCUCUUUCUUCUAAAAAUAAACUAUUUCCUUUAUUUUCCAUCCACCACUUCUUACCCAUUUUCAUCUUUAAAUUAAACAUAAUCGUUACACCUCAUAUUAUUUUAUUAAAAAAAAUUUAAAAAAAUAUAUACAAAACAAAAAUCUAAAAAAAUAAAACAUUAACGAAUCAAAUUUUGUUCUGUUUCCUCCAUUCCCGCUAUGAUCCUUCUUUCUAUGUUUCCUUCCUUAUUCCAUUUCCUCUUCUAAUCAUUAUUCGAUAAAAACACCUUAUUUUCAUUUAACUCCCCAAAAAAAUCCCGUAAAAAAAAAAAUGGCAAAUAAUCAUCCUGUGAAAUGCUUGAGUUUUGAUUCAAGAUUUCAGGAUGAUAACAAGAGCAAAGAUGAGAAAGAUAUUGGCAAAUCCUACAGUUUCGUGGCACGAGUCGGUUCAGAUUUUAAUAAUGAUAGUCAUGAUUAUAAAUCACGUCAGCCUCUAACAAUUCAUGAAGGUGAUGAAGAAGCAGAGAAUGAGCAGCAAAACGAGGAGGUGGCAGAGGAGGAGGAAAAGGAAUUCACACUUGAUCAGCUUUCUGAAGACAUUGAUCAGUUUGUUCUUUCGCUGUCCUCGGCUUCGAAUGAUGAUGAUGAUCCCCCUGAAAUCUCUAAGGCGGUGGCCAUGUUUGUAAAGAAGGUUGAAGCCAAGAUCGAGGAAUAUGAGUCCACUGCUCAGGAUUCGAUUGUUUUUGGCCGCGAUGUUGAGGGCGAUGCUUCUUUUGUAGCAGCUGUUAACAGAUUGUCACGCCUAAUGGAGGCGAUUCAUGGGUUGAAAUCGAGUUACAUGAUGCCGUUGUUGAAUCAGACCAGCUCCGUCCUGCACCGUGCAAUGGUGUUCUUAGAGGAGGAGCUGCGUCUGAUUCUGGAAGAACCCGUGUGCCAGAAUUCGAACAAUGCUGCAGAUUCUUCGAAUUCUAAGCUCACGGAUUCUUCGUUGAAGAGCCUCAAAGGGAGGCUGCAAUCUUUUGCUUCGUCUGCCCAUCCACAUGAUCAUCACCAAGAUGAGGGAUCAGGGGAAGGGGGAGACUCCUGCGAGGUGCAGGAGGGUGGUGAUCCAGAGUCGGAAGAACAACAAGAAGGGAAGGAAACGACAAGUACCUUCCCUUUCUUUUCUUCCGACUCUGUAUCAAGCAUCCGUCUCAUAGCCAAUGCAAUGAUCAUUGCAGGCUAUGAGACGGAAUGCUGCAAUGUCUUCCUCAUCGCGAGGAGGCACGCCUUUGAAGAGGAGUUGAAGAGGCAAGGUUUGGACAAGAUUAGCACAGAUGAUGUGCAAAAGAUGAAUUGGGAGCCUCUUGAAGGGGAGAUUUCAACAUGGAUUCGCGUCUUUAAGCAUUGCACCUCUACCCUUCUCUUAGGGGAGCAAACAUUUUACGAGUCAGUUUUUCCUGAUCGCGUACGCACUAGCCAAUUCCUUUACAGCGACCUCUCCUACGCUAUCCUCUACAUCCUUGUUAACUUUGCGGAGGCUGUUGCAUUGACCAAACGUGCCACGGAGAAAUUGUUCAAAUUUCUUGACAUGUAUGAGACUCUACGUGACACGGUCCCUUGGGUCGAAACUAAAACACCCAUGUAUUCCUCAGAGGAGUCCAUGAAGGAGUUGAAGUCGGAGUUAUGGUUUGCAAAGAGUAGGCUAGGGGAGGCUGCGGUGUCCAUCUUUUGUCAAUUCGAAAACUCAAUCAAAGGCGACAACACAAAGACUCCGGUGGCUAGUGGAGCCGUCCAUCCCUUAACAAGGUACACCAUGAAUUACUUUAAAUACGCUUGUGAGUACAAAGAUACAUUAGAACAAGUCUUCCAACAACAUUUGAGAACAGAGCAAACAGAGGAAUUCUCUGCCAUUGAUCACUCAUCCUCAUCCGAACAACAACGCAAGGUAGUAGAACAACAACAACAACAACAGCAUCCACAUCAACAAGAAGAGAAGCAUUCACCAUUCGCCUCGCAACUGAUGACCAUCAUGGAUUUACUAGACUCGUACCUCGAGUCUAAAUCCAAGUUAUACAAGGACUUAUCCUUAAGGUACAUUUUCCUAAUGAACAAUGGUAGAUACAUGCUUCAAAAGGUCAAAGGAUCGGCCGAGAUUCACCAAGUGGUAGGGGAUAACUGGUGUAGGAGACGAUCCUCAGAUGUUAGGCACUACCAUAAGAGCUACCAAAGGGAGACUUGGAGCCGAGUGUUACAAUGUCUAAACCAAGAAGGGUUACAAGUCAAUGGUAAAAUACACAAGCCUAUACUUAAAGAACGGUUCAAAAACUUUAAUCAGUUAUUUGAUGAGAUUCACAGGACUCAGAGUACAUGGGUUGUAAGCGACGAGCAGCUUCAAUCGGAGCUUCGAGUAUCGAUUUCUGCUGUUAUGAUUCCGGCUUACCGGUCCUUCGUAGCGAGGUUUGGACAGAUUUUUACUCCUGGAAGACAGGUUGAGAAGUAUAUCAAGUUUCAACCAGAUGACAUUGAGACAAUCAUUGAGGAGUUGUUUGAUGGAAAUCCUAGUUCCAUUGCUAGGAGAAAAAUAUAGGAGCAGAUCAUAAUUUAUUCAUAUAUAUGAAUUAUUACAAUGUAGGAAAAAGAAUUUGGGUGUGUUUUAUUUGUGUUACAUUACAUACUCAUUAGUGUAUUUUAAUCUUCUGUAAUUUUUUUUCUUUUGUAAUUUGUGUUGGAUAGUACUGUAUUUUAAUUUAUUUUUUUUCUUUUCCCUCCUUUUAGUUAACUUAACAGGAUUUGAUUCAGAAUAUUAAUUGCUUAGGAUUGAUGAUUCUUCAUGGAAUAUUAAAUAGGGGCGGAUCUAUUAAGGGGCAUGGGAGCCCGGCCAAUUUUUAUUUAUUUAGGUGAAGGUAUAAAUUUAUAAAUUAAAUACAAUUUUAAUGCAUUAAGUAACGAUAAAUUAGCUUUGUCAUAGUGAUAAAUUGGUAAUGCAUUAAGUUUGUGCUUAAAGUCUUAGCUUCAAAUCCUCAUACAAGCAUUAGGGUAAUUUUUCAGGUUGUUUAUUUUAUUAGGCCUUACUUAUGGAGCACUAAACCUUUACUUAGUUCAUAAGUUGGAAUGUGAGAUCAUUGGCUCAAUGGAAAUAAUGCUCAAGUGGGAUCAUUGGCUUAAUGGUUAUUAUUUUUUUUUUCUUAAUUGAUGUUAAAUUUAUCUAUUUUUAAAUAUCUAAUUUUCAAUGUGUACACUGCACACAAAUAAUAAAGAAUUAACUAUAAAAACUAAUUACGUUUAACUGACUAUUUUAUCUCUUGAAAUAUAACUAUAUUUAUACGUCAAUAUUUAGAAAAACACUUUGUUUUUUUUUUUUUGAUCCGAGAGAGGAGAGGCGAAGCUCCAAAAAGAAAACAAACAAAGAGCUAAAACAGAAAAAUAAAGCAAAAAAGAAAACAGAAUCUCAUUUGAGAGUGCAAGUUUAACGCGUAACUAAACGAGGCCUAGCUACUCCUCUUGCAUCCUCAUCCAAGUUUAAAGGAAUGAAAUUAACAAUACUAAAGAUAGAGUCUUGCAAAACUCCACGGUUGGCCAACCAAUUCGCCACUCUAUUUCCUUCUCUAAAGAUAUGAGCCACUUUCACAGUCCAAUUGUCAUUUCGAAGCAUAUUCAAACACUCUUUGAUCUCCUGUAUAUUCUCCCCUCCACUAGCUUCUCCCUUUUGCAGAAUUUGAACACAA